UGGAGCAGACCCAUUUCUUGCUGAAGGGAUUCGGAGCUCCAUACACGUUCGAGAUGAAGGUUCGAAUGCUUUGUAUCGUGCUGGCGGUCGGCGUUUGUCUCUCUCCUGCUGGGGCUUCUGUAAUCCCCAAGGACCUACUACCUCGCUCCAAUGGGACAUUUCCGUACGAUCCCCGCCAACAGGAAAGGAAUCUGGCCUGUCCUAACGGCAUCCUCCCCGAGGGUAAGACAAUGCUAGGCCCUGGAGAGACCGUGUGUGUCGCCUCGAGAAAUUUCCCAAACAACUACCCGAGGAAUACAUUUCAGGAAUGGAGGAUCGAGGGAACUUCCGACGACCUCACCCUGACGGUCAGCUGCGACGUGGUGGACAUCCAGGCCAGCUGGUGGUGCUGGCGGGACUGGCUGAUCAUUGCUGACAACUGCAGGGCCAGGAGCUACUGCGGGAGCCGGCGGCCCAGCGGCGACCUCGAGCCGUGCCAGAACCGAGUGACCUUCCUCUUCUUCGCCGACUUCUGGGGCCAGCGACAGGGCUUCCACUGCUCCGUCACCGCCUCGGGAUCUCCAGAAACAACCACAUCCACAACUGACACUUCCUCUGACACUCCAAGUGGCCGAGAUUGUCAGUGCGGCAUGCCCAACCGAAGCAACAGGAUCGUGGGCGGCGAGCAGACCGAAGUGAACGAGUACCCUUGGCUCGUUGGCCUAUCUGAUGCCCUGAGUGCCAAUGACAGACCCUUCUGCGGCGCCUCUUUAUACAACGACGAGUGGAUCGUCACGGCUGCCCAUUGCGCCGUCAUUUCUACCAGUCGAUACGACGUGCUGUUCAACAUGUGGGACUGGGACAACGGCCCGACCAACAUCGUCAGGAGGUCUGUCGAGAGAGUUGUCGUCCACCCAAGCUACAGCUCCGAAACUCUUGACAAUGACAUCGCUCUCAUGAAGCUGUCCCAAAAAGUAGACUUCGCGACUGGGAUCAAGCCUGUGUGUUUGCCUUCCGCUUCGGCUGACUUCACCGGCCAGAACGCGACCACGGCGGGCUGGGGGUUGCUGUUUUCGGGUGCCAAUACUCAGCCCGAGAUCGCGAUGGAGGUCACAGUGCCAAUAAGGACACCAGACGAGUGCAGUGCAGCUUAUCCCGGAAGUAUCACUGCCAACAUGUUAUGUGCUGGACUGGUAGAGGGAGGAAAGGAUUCCUGCCAGGGCGAUAGCGGCGGUCCCCUGACGGUGGAGGCCGCGGACGGAAGCCACUCGCUCGCCGGCAUCGUCAGCUGGGGUUCCGGCUGCGCAGAUCCGGGGAAGUUCGGAGUCUAUACUGAUGUUCGGAAAUACAUCGACUGGAUCCAAGAGACGGCUAACACUGGAAACAGUUGUGAAAAGUAAAGGUUAAUGGUCCUACAUCCAGAGAAUCUCCAAGGAAAACUUCUCAAGAAUAUGAGAACAAAUCAAAAUAGUUUUAGUAGAUUGUGGUAUUUAAAUUUACAUUCUAGAGAUGGAUUGGAAUCUAAUACAUAUAUGUAUCUGUUGUAUUAACAUAUAUAUUGAUAGUUUGUAUCUGCAUAUUUCAGAUAGAGAAAUUAAUAUUAAUCUCAAGGUUUAUUUUUCGAGAAUUCCCCAUGCUGAACGCGUUAGAUUUUAAAUUGAUAAGUGAUUACGAAAUAAACUAAUUUCAUCGUA